AUGGAACGGGGGACCGGUGGGGUGUGGAAAUUCCUCCUUGAACAACACGAGGAUCUCCUACGGGAGAUGUUGAUCGAGGCUGGGACGACCGAGGAGAAGGAGAUUGGGGAGACCUUGCGUCACCUUCGUGACCUCUGGCCUCUCGCAUGCAAGGUUAUACACGACCACACCACCGACCCCCUGGUGUAUCGUGAAGGUGACCUCUCUCCAAAGUCAUCCGCAGCCUUCUCCGUCCUCCGAAGGUUUGCCACGUCGGUGCGACCAGGGAAAGCCUGGAAGAUUAGCGGCGGUGAGGCGAGGUUCUUGGAUGUAGAUAAUGUUGUAAACCCAUAG